GUUUAGAGUUGCUUCCCUGUGUAACUGGUUUCUUGGCAAAGUUCUCCAAUGAAGUUUGUCACUUCUGGAUUUCGGCAUCAGCAAAAUCAACCAUCCAGAUGUGGGAGUGCCUCACCUUGCCACUGCUAUCUCUUCCCCCGAGAUGAAAGUUACCAUCACUCCCCGCUUCCCCUGGGGGAGUUGCAACAAACUGGUGAAAUACUGGGAACAGCUCAGUCAGGAGAAAGCUACAAACAAACACACCAGCAAACCAAAAAGACGAAAGGAAGCAGAACCCAUAAGAAGCAGUACAGGAGUAGAGUGGUUAGUCAGUUGGCUUCAGAUCCAAUCCACCAAACAUCUCAUUUGCUGGAUUAUUUGCUCUAAGCUCAGACGCUGUGCUCAGUGUUGCCCUUCAGCCCUCUCAGGAGCACCCCACAGCUGUGUUUUUUCAAGGUGUCUUCAUGUGAUUGAAAACUAUGGACCUUAGAAAUUGUUCAUGAAAUGGAAGGAGGACAGGACCGAGUCUUUGCUGGACGGCGCCUGACCUGCUUUCCAGUCUGUGCUGCUGUGUCAACACAGCCAGUAGUCGCAGAGAAGCGUGGAGGUGGAGGCCAAGGUGUACAUCGUGGCACUUGGGGUGACAUCUAAUGGCACAGUACCAGACUGCACCACAUCCGGGGAAAGCUAAGUGGACAAAAAGCUAUAGUUGCCAACCGUUUAUCAGGUGACAAGGGCAAGCAUUUCACACUGUGACAGAGCCUGUGUGAGAGAGAAACAGAAGAAUGGAGAAGUCCAGGAAAACCUUUACUGACAUCAUCGAUAAGGCAAUAGCUGUUGCUAACACAAUGGAUCGUGAUGAACUGCUUUUUUCUUACAAGGGGAUUCUCUACCCUGUUACCUUUUGCAGUCCUGAAGUAUUCAGAGCUAUGGAGUCCCUUGAAGCCAGAAGUGAUGAUAUAAUUUUGGCAGGAUACCCUAAAUCUGGCACAAACUGGCUAGGUCAAAUCUUAUAUGAUCUGGUAGCCAUAUUUGAAAAGAAAACGCAGAAUAAGGAAAGCAGCAUGAAUGAUGAAGAAUUCCCCUACCUCGAAAUUGGAGAUACUGGGAAAUAUGAGCGAAUGAACAAAUUACCUUCUCGAAGAGUUAUGUUUACUCAUCUCCUUCCUGAAAAUCUUCCCAGGUCUAUCUUCAAAAAUAACGCUAAGAUAUUGUUGCUGAUUCGCAAUCCAAAAGAUGUAGCUACAUCUUUUUACUAUUUUUCCAAUGGCAUAUCUACCCUUCCUUCCUAUGAGGCCUGGGAUGAUUUCUUCGUAGCUUUCAUGACAAAGAAAAUGCCCUGGGGAUGCUACCUUGAAUACCUUUCUGAAUGGAACAAAUAUGCUGAUGAUAAAAAUGUUAUGACAAUAACUUAUGAGGAGCUAAAAGAGAAUCCUGUUCUGGGUGUGAAAAACAUAGCUGAUUUCUUUGGGAUUUCCCUGACUGAGAAAGAGCUUCAGGGUGUCGUAGAGAGGAGCACCUUCCAGUCAAUGAAGAAGAACUCGCAGAAGACCCAUGGGGCAUUUGGGAAGGUUCUCUUUCGCAAAGGUGGUGUAAGUGACUGGAAGAAUCUUUUCAGUGAAGAACAGAAUGAGAAAAUGGACAAAGCAUUUGAAGAACGUGUAGGAGGAACUAAACUGGGAACAAAGUUAAAAUAUGAAGUGUACUGUAAAGCCUGAAGAGUAAUGAAACAUGGUUAGAGCAAGAACUUUCUGAUGCACUCUUAGAUCAUCUGUAUGCUACAUAUUAGAAAGCUAGAUAAAAUGAUCCAAGCAGAUCAGAAUUACUGUAAUAAUCACAUUGCGGC